AAAUUACGGCGCAUUUACUAAGGGACGUGUAACCGAACAAAUCCUACUAUGUGACCUUUCGUUGAUCGCAGCGGAUUGGGUUCAACUGAAACCUGCGAUGAGAUGUACUAGCUCCAUAACGCCAACGUCAGCGCGCUGUUGUCCGACCCUAGCUAGCCAAAAGAUUGCCACCAUGAUGCUCCGCGCUAGCACUUCUGCACCUCGCUUUGCUGCCACUCGCCCUACCAAACGCAACGUGCGCGCCAUGGCUGCAGUCACCACGCAGCUUAGCCAGGAUGAGCUUAAGAAGCAGGCAGCUUGGAAGGCUGUUGAUUAUGUGAAGAGUGGCAUGGUUGUUGGUCUAGGCACUGGCUCUACCGCCGCGUUCGCCGUGGACCGCAUUGGCGAGCUGCUGAAGGAGGGCAAGCUCACGAACAUCAUCGGUGUGCCGACUUCAGUGCGCACUUAUGAGCAGGCGCUAUCGCUUGGCAUUCCGCUUGCAACGCUCGAUGAGCAGCCAAAGCUGGACGUGGCGAUUGAUGGCGCCGACGAGGUGGACCCUAACCUCGACGUGGUAAAGGGCCGCGGUGGCGCCCUGCUGCGCGAGAAGAUGGUUGAGAUGGCUUCAGCAAAGUUCGUCUGCAUCGUGGAUGACUCGAAGCUUGUGGAUGGUCUUGGCGGCAGCAAGUUGGCCAUGCCUGUUGAGAUUGUGCAGUUCUGCCACAAGUACACCCUUCAACGCCUGCAGAACCUACCAGAGGUUAAGGGAUGCGAGGCGAAGCUGCGCAUGAACGGCGACAAGCCCUAUGUGACGGACAACAGCAACUACAUCGUGGACCUUUACUUCCAGACGCCCAUGGUGGACGCGCAGGCCGCAUCCAAGGCCAUCCUCGCGCUUGAAGGCGUUGUAGAGCACGGUCUGUUCCUGGAUAUGGUGGACGUGUGCAUCAUUGCCGGAUCCAACGGUGUGGAGGUUAAGGAGCGCCCGAAGCCCAAGAACUGAGCGAUCAGCGCCCGGUUCCUGGUUGUGUUGCAUGGGGUGCCUGAAGCCCGGGUUGAAGGGCAACCGGGAGCUUAACUAUGCAGUAAGGGUGCUCGCUGGGUGUGUGUGCGUGUGUGUGUGAUUACAGCGGUCCAAACCCGCAUGUUGUCAAGCAGUUAAUUGGGGGUUGUUUAAGGCCUGACACCAGUUUGGGGUUUGUUGUUUCCCUCGCUGGUGUUGUGGGUCGUGGUUCCGGCAUUUUGAAGGUGCUCCCCCUGCGUCCAAGCCCUCUAGCGGCCUGGACGAGGUCUUUUACCCCGAGUCACCUAGCCGGGGUGUGUUGGGUGUUGGGGUGGCGGUGCUGCUGGCGUGGCGCCCCUGCCCCCGACUGAGGCUUACGUAUGGUUGCGUUGCAGCCGACAUUGGGUGCGGUCACAUCCGUGCCCGCUAAGCUGACUGGUACCGGACCUGCAGGCUUGGUUACAUGGAGGCAAAAGCCGUUGUCGGCUAACUUAUAGCUUCAAGGCAGUGCAAGCUUGUAAACUCUUGCCUCGUGA